UAAGCAGCGCCGCUGAACCCUGAUUAGCAUACAAACGAGACGAAUAAUCACACACAAGCGAGUUUGGAGGAAGAUGAGGGUGAAGGAGAUACUCAGGACAGCGACUCAAGCAUGGACUCCUGCGAGACAUCAUCCGGCGUACCUGGCCUUAGGUACUGCAGCACAACAGCUGGACGCUGCCCUUCAACACCAGCUCUGCUCUGGAGAUCUUUGAGAUGAAUUUUGCCGAUACAUCCAUGGACAUGAAGCUCAGAGGAAGUCUGUCCACAUCCAACAGAUUUCACAGUCUGAUCUGGGUGGCAUUUGAAAUGGAUAUUGAAGGUUCUUCAGGGCGUCUCAUUGGAGGCAGCGAGAACGGGACCGUGACCGUCUUCAGUCCGGACACUAUUCUCGCUGCUGGAGAGGACGCCAUCAUUGGACAGUCCAACAAACACACGGGUCCCGUGCGCGCCCUCGACUAUAACCGCUUCCAGAAUAAUCUCAUCGCCUCUGGAGCGAACGACUCUGAAAUAUACAUCUGGGAUUUGAACAAUUUCAGCAAUCCAAUGACACCAGGAGCAAAAUCACAGGUAGGAAUGCAUUACUUUAAUUUCUUUUAA